AUGGCCAAAGAAUUAAACAGCCUCGUGGGCGGGGGAAACACCCGGGAAGGGCAGGACUUUGAGGGGAAUUCUGCUGAGGAAAAUCUGAGCCGAUGCUGUCAAGUGUUAGAACUGAACAAGGCAAUUCAAAAGCAGCUCUUCUCAAUUCUCAAUGAAACAUCCCAAGGAGAGGAUUGUGCAGCAAAAUUAAAAGGCUGUCUCCUGCCAAGUAUAUGUACUGCUUCAGGAAGUGACAACCUCACUCAGGAGUCAGCUGAAGGAGAGCUACAGCUGAGAGAUUUGUCCUGCAAACCAAGGUGUGAGCUGCAAGAACUGGAGGACAAACUAAGUGAAACUCGUGUGCAGAUCAACCAGAUGGAACGAGAUCUGAAGGCUUCCCGGUGCAACAUAAGGAGGCUAGAGGAACUAGAUGAGUACGAGCAGAAGAUUGAGAACUUGCGGGAUGAGAUUGCUAUGCUGGAUUGCAAAAAGUCUAUUAUCCAGAGCAGGCUUUCCCGCUGCACUCCUCCGCCAUGCCGUCGGAGGUGUUUCUCUCCACCGUGCCGUCUGAGGGGCUGUGGCCUGCUCUCCAUGCCGUCCAAGGGGCUGCUCUCCAUGCCUUCCGAGGGCCUGCUCUCCAUGCCCUGUGAGGGGCUGCUCUCCAUGCGGACCCUGCCGUCCAAGCGCCUGCUCUCCAUGCCCUGUGAGGGCCUGCUCUCCAUGCCGUCCAAGGGCCUGCUCACCGUGCCCUGUGAGGGGCUGCUCUCCAUGUGGACCCUGCCGUCCAAGGGCCUGCUCUCCAUGCCUUCCGAGGGCCUGCUCUCCAUGCCCUGUGAGGGGCUGCUCUCCAUGCGGACCCUGCCGUCCAAGGGCCUGCUCUCCGUGCCUUCCGAGGGCCUGCUCUCCAUGCGUACCCUGCCGUCCAAGGGCCUGCUCUCCAUGCGGACCCUGCCCUCCAUGCGGACCCUGCCGUCCAAGGUCCCUGUGGACCCUGUGGACCCUGUGGACCCUGUGGUCCCUGUGGACCCUGUGGUCCCUGUGGUCCCUGUGGACCCUGUGGUCCAUGUGGACCCUGUGGUCCAUGCGGACCCUGUGGUCCAUGCGGACCCUGUGGUCCAUGCGGUCCCUGUGGUCCCUGUGGACCCUGUGGUCCCUGUGGUCCCUGUGGUCCAUGCGGACCCUGUGGUCCAUGCGGACCCUGUGGUCCAUGUGGACCCUGUGGUCCAUGCGGACCCUGUGGUCCGUGUGGACCCUGUGGUCCAAGGCCCUGCUCUCCAUGCAUACCCUGCCGUCCAAGGGCCUGCUCUCCAUGCAUACCCUGCCGUCCAAGGGCCUGCUCUCCAUGCGGCCUGUAUGAGGCCCUGUGCCAGGCCCUGUGUGAGGCCCUGUAUCUCUCCUCUGCCGUGCCGUUUGAGGCCCUGCGUAAGGCCCUGCGUGAGACCCUGCGUGAGACCCUGCGUGAGGCCCUGUCCUCCCAAGUGCCGUGCCCUUUGCCCAAGGCCCUGUACACCUCCCCGGAUCAGGCGGGGCAGUGCUUCACACCGUGCCUGCCUCAUAGCUCGCUAUAACUUCAUUUACGCUAAAGAACGCUUGGAGGCAGAGUGCAUUUUGAGGCGAUACGUCUGUAACUUGGAGACGGUGCAGAGGAUAGUAUACAUUGCAUGUGUGGAAUCUUUCCGUGCGGCAAAGAUGGCCUUCUGGAGGGUGAAAAUAAACGUAAAAGACACUUUGGGUAUAUGUUUCAGAGGGGGACCUACGUCACUUGAAGUUGCUGUCCUGGAUUAUAUAGCUUGCCACAAGGAUCUGUAUGACGUUUGUUGCAGUAUCCAUGAAGUAGUUUGCUGCAUGAACAGGAACCCAAAGCUUCCAUGUCCAGGAGAACUGGAUUUCGUUGUGAUCAGCAAUUUGAUUCGAGAGGUGUGCUGUUUGGCUUAUUCAAUGCAGACUCUCAUUCCUCCUCUUGAUAUUGCCUAUGGUGUUGAUGGAGAAUGCUUCAAUAGGAACAUGUACUAUCGUAGCUUUGACUCUGAUUUCGCAGCUCCCUUUGUGGCCUAUCACGUCUGGCCUCCUCUGGUAGAAGAUGGCACUGUUAUAGUGAAAGGAGAAGUAGUCACUAAAAAAAUGGUUAUGUGUCCUCGCAGAUGCAGGAUUAGAAGCAGAAGCUGCAGCUGUGGCCGUCCUCUGCUGUGUGGUCAAGUGCCUCGAAGCCGCAGUCUUUCAACAGUGAGGGUCAGAAGUAAGUGGCAUAUUGGUUCCUAGUGACUCAUGGUUUUCACAUCAAGCCCUUGAAGGGCUGAACAAAAGAACAAAAUUACAUGUUGAAUGUCUCUGAUUCUAAAAUACUUGCCGAAGUGUUAAAUUGGAUAGCCCCCUUUUUUUUAUGGGUGGAAAAAGGCUGAGAUUUUUUACUUGGAUGAAAGCUUGUUUUUUCACUCUACUUGGACCAUUGUCAUGAUUUCUCUCUGCUGGUUGCCUUCACUGUGGCCUGUGCUGUAGUAAGUAAAACUUGCUUCCUUCCUUACACAAGAGACAGUUUGCUACUGUACAUCUGCUGUCUUCCAGCCUUUCAAAUUCCAAAGAGAUGGCUAAGUUGUGACAGUGAAGUGAGGGAUUUCAGGCAGUAUGAGUGUGUGCCUAUCUUGAAGCCAACCCAACAUAGAGAUUUAGAAAAUAUAGUUGCACUGAAAUGUACCUUUUUCU